GAAGAAGAGAUCGGGUUCCAAGACAACUCGGCUACGCAUGCGUAUUUUCUUUCGCAGCAGACGAUUUCCAGUGAGAAAGAAAAAUAAAAAUUUGCUAAUCUGAGCUCGGAGAUAUUAGAAUCAAGAUGUCGGAAUUCAAGAUAUCUGAAAAGCAAUAUACUGAUGCACACAAUACUUUUAACCUUUUCGACAAAAAGGGCGAUGGUCGGGUAUCAACAAAAGAGCUGGAAAAAGUCUUCAAAAGUUUAGCCCUUCAAAUUAAUGACGAACAGCUGAAAGAAUGGGCUGACGAAAUGGACGAGGAAGCUGAAGGAUAUCUGAAUUGGGAUCAGUUCAAAGUUUUGUUCGAACGUAAAAUAAGGAUGGACGAGGACGAGAGAGAACUUCGAGAAGCGUUUAGGGUACUAGACAAGGGAAAUAAGGGAACAAUUCCGGUAGAAGAUCUACGAUGGAUUUUAAAAUCAAUAGGAGACGAUUUCACGGAAGAGGAAUUAGAUGAUAUGAUUGCAGAAACCGACACAGAUGGUUCCGGAACUGUUGAUUAUGAAGAAUUCAAAGCCUUGAUGACCUCUGAAUGAGAGUUGGAUACAGUUUUCGUCCUUUUUGCAUCAGGCAACACAAAUCUAUCGUACGCUCGCGUCCCAUUCGUCAGCUUGCUGUUUGCAAUAUUUUUGAAGGAAUUUACAUCCAUAUGAAUAAAAAACAAAAAUACACGUCCAGCUCCUGACGAAUUUGGAUCAUUUUUGGCAAGAAAUUGCGGCGUACCCUAGCCUUUUCAUUUUUGCAGUUUUAUUGUGAACUGAUCAUAAACGUCUUCCUAUCAUUCCAUAUUGUUUUAACACAUGCGCACUAACCUGCUUGUAAAGAUAAAAAAGAUAAUAAAUAUAUGCAGAGGAGUAGUUCUAACAUUUGUGUGUUUUAUGUAUCUUUUUGUUGCUGUUACGCUCGAUGAUUUUGCGCAUUGCUAUUGUUACGAAUUAUUUCAGCUUUUUUAUGAUAACUCUUCUUAUAUCAUUUCCAGAAUUCUUAAAACUGAUGAUGGGCGAUUAAAUAUGCUGAUUAAAGACUUUAUUUUGACCGACUAAUCACCACCGUUGUGCAGGGGAACACGCCUCUAGGAAUUGCACUUUCCUUACCAACACUUGCAGUUGAAAUAUCAACUUUCCAAUUGUCACUCACAUUUCUUUCUCUCAUUGCGUCAUGCACAAUGCUUGUUUUCGAUCUAUUUGACAACUUGUUUUUAAACCCUAAUGGCAGUGAUAUUUCAACUGAUGUAAAUACCAUUGUAAGCACGCUUGUUUGCUUUGCACCUUUUUUUGCUUUGAUUUCACAGGUAGUUUGGUUUUUUUUUAAAUAAAUUGUUGACCUUUACGUUGAAAGGUCAAACCGGACUUCCCCGCCAUGUAUCUGGAAUCCAUAUUCACAUCAUGCAUGAUUGGUUUCAAAGUGACAAGUGAAACCUCUGGAACCUUCCAUUGUGAAAUACUAACUUAACGUUCAAAUAGUUCACGAUCCCAUUAUACUUGAAUAUGUGUAAAAAAUUAUUAAAUAUAGAUCUUUGAAUGGUUUUUCAAUUGAAGUGUAUAUAUGUGUAGUUUUUGUAUGAAUGAAAAUCGUUAUGCAAACAUACUUAAUUUUCCACUAAUAAAAAUUGUUACUUCCUUCAAAA